AUGGCUCAAUAAAAAGUAUAUGAGAAAUUAAAGGUUGAGACUAAAAAUAAGUGUCACAAGCAUAAAGUGGUGCAUAUGAAACGUAUUCUGCCAGAAUAAAUCUCAAUUUAGCCUGACUACUAGCAAGAAAUGGAGAAGCUUGGAGAAGAAAUGCUUUCAAAUAUGAUGCCACUUAAUUUGAGCAAUAAGAGUUAUAGCAAAUAUGAAGUUGAAUAGUCUUUUUAAUAGCAGGAAAAAAUUAGUUAAAAUGAAAGAAAAAGGGACUUAAAAAGAUUUGAGCAUGUAUAGAAGAUGGAAAAGAAAGAUUAAAAUGAAUAACAGGAUAAAUGGUUUGAAGAUAAGGAUCUAUUCGAAAUCUAAUAGUAGAUUAAAGAUGAACCAAAUUCUGAUGAUUAAGAAGUCUUGAUUGAAUUAAAUAACGAGGAUGCUUAAGAAGAUGCUAAAAUAAAGUUAAUAGUUAAACUCAAGUAAAUCUGUGCUUCUCCAUAAUUCUUCAAUCCAAAGCCAAAGCAUUUCUUCGAUCAAUAAUAAGAUGCUGGUAUUACCCACUCAAUAAUCUUAAGAGAGUUCAUUCAGUAGCUGUUUUAGUCUUUUGCAAAAAAGAAGCAGUUCCAAAAAAAAGAAAACAUUAAAACAAGUGAUGAUUCAUCAAAGGAUCUUGUGAGUCAGUAAAAUGAUAAUAAAAUAGCUAUGGGGUAAAAUGAAGCAAGUUAUGAUUUAGCGCAAUUGGCAGAUGAUUAAGAGAAUGAUCGAUGGGUUUCGAAAGAAUUUAGUCACUAACAUACUGACUUCACUUAAGGCCACCAUUUAUUUGGAAUUCCUUAAAUAAACUUAUAAUUGACGGAUCAUAAUGAUCUAAAUCAACUAUAGGAACGAGAUGUAGUUGGAAACUCAACUUAAUUGAAUAAAAGCUGUAAAAAAAUUAGCAGUAAAAGCAAGAACUUAAGAUAAAACAAGCACUAUGCAAAAAGAUAUUUUUUACUAAAGAAAAUGAAGAGAAUUAGAUAGAGAAGAGAGCAAGUUUACUUUAAUUCCUCUAAAGCUCUUUAUAUUCCAUAAGUCAAUAACAGAAAUUUGCGAGAUACGCUUAUAAUCAAAAGUGAUGACAAGGUCUAUAGUCUUCAAGUAGAGUUCAGUGAUAUGGCAAAAGCUAACUAUUACUAUUACGGUGGAAGAAUAUCAGAAGAAGAUAUUGAAUCUGAAAGAGAGCGAAGAACUACACCUCCAGGCACUAUUGAUGAGCAGUAGGACGUGAUGUCAGAGAAUAUCGGUCAUUCUUUGAAUUUAUUAAAGAAAAAGCAUGGUCGUUUUGCUCUUAAUCACCCCAAGUCCUCGGUUAGCAUUGCGGAUAACAAGGACAUCAAGGAUUCGAGAAUCACCAAUUUAAUCGUAAUGAAGGAACGAAUCAAGCUAAUAGAUGAUGGCAAACACAUUAAUAGCUUUAAGAAGGUCUAUGAUAAGUUAUUCAGAGAAUUUAAAGAGCAGCUCAUUCAUGAGUAUUCAUUGUUGAAAAAUGCCUAUAUGAUUGAGUAUGAGGAAAACUUUAAAGCUAACAUUCAGGACAAAGAAAGCCACUUAGAUCAAGCUUAGGAACUUAUUCUAAGAAAGGAGUAGGAGAUUAUUGAGACUUAGGAAAAGAGAAAAAGAGUUAUAUAACUGACUGAGCAUAUUCUCCAACAGAAAUAUAAUCUUUUCAUUAAGCGAGUAGCUGUUAGAGCCAUGCAGUACUUUAAGGACAUCAUUUAAAGAGAGAGAAGAAUUAGAGUUUAUACUAGAAACUACAUGUAUCGCAGAAAUUUAAGACUUUUAUUUGGCAGCUGGAGAGGUGUGUCACACUCGUGGUUUAAAGAACGCAUCAAUGAAGAAGCUAAAUCUUAUGAGCACAAGGUCACUAUUGAGAAACUAAUUUCUUGGAACCAGAAUGUAGAUGCUAUGAAGAUCUACAUGGUUCAGCUAUAAGAGAAAAUAAGAAUUGAAGUGGCUGCCAGAGAAGAACUAGCAAUCACAUAUGAGUAAAGUCUUAACAAGGGUGUAGGUCAGUUGAACAAUGAGACAGCGGUACUUGCUGAAAAUCCUUUAAUCAAGGAAAUAAGUUUGAUCGUUGCUCAGGAGUUAAUAAACAAGUCAAGAGCAGAGGGCAGACCGCUAGAUUAAAGUCUGACUAAUUUACUAUCUCAUGCAUAGACAUAAAACUUUCAGAGAUCCGGCUCUAUUAGGCAAAACUAUUGA